AUGUGGGGGAAUGAUCAAGUGGAGUGGUCGUUUUUGGAUGCCAAUGGUGCGUCGGGAGGCAUUCUAACUAUGUGGAAAAAGGAUCUCUUCAAUCUAAUCUUUAGUUUUCGAGGAGAAGGUUUCUUAGGUCUUUGUGUGGAGAAGGAGGACAAGCUCAUUUAUUUUGUGAAUGUGUACGCUUCUUGCGACUUAAACACGAGGAAGAGCUCGUGGGAGAGGCUAUGUGAGUUUAAAAACAAUAACAUUAAAGGUUCGUGGUGCAUAGGAGGAGACUUUAAUUCCAUCUCUUCCCCGGAUGAAAGAAUUGGGAUGUCUAGCCGUAGCUAUAGGAGGGAGAUUUCGUUGUUCAAAGACUUCAUAGAGGAUAUGGAGUUGGUGGAUCUUCCUACAAUAGGGGGCAAGUUCACUUGGAUCAAUAGCAAUGGUAAAUCGAUGAGUAGGAUUGAUAGAUUCCUCUUAUCGGAUUGCUUCGUGGAGGAUUGGAAGGUGGAGGGUCAAUACAUCGGAGAGAGGGAUGUGUCCGACCAUGCUCCGAUUUGGUUGAAGGACAAUAGGAAGAAUUGGGGUCCAAAACCUUUUAAGUUUAACAACAUGUGGUUCAAUCAUGAGGAUUUCGAUAGUUUCGUCAAGGAGGAAUGGGAGAAGCUAGUGGUCAAAGGAAGAGGGGAUUAUUGCUUGGUCGAAAAAAUGAAAACUCUAAAAAACCGGUCAGCUUGGUGGAACAAGAGUGUUUAUGGGUGGAUAGACCUCAAAAUCAAUGAGGAUGGGAUAGAGUUGCACCAUUUAGAUAACGUGUUUGUUCAUUUUGCAGAUUGCAUCUCAAGCGUGACUAAGAUGGUCAAACGUGUUAAUGAAGUUGAUGCUAAAAAGUAA